AUGAAAACUCAGUUUAAUGCUCAAAUCCAGAUUCUUCACUCAGACAAUAGUGGAGAAUUUGUCAAUCAUGACUUUCAGACUUACUUCCAACAACAUGGAAUUAUCCAUAUGAUGACUUGUCCUCAGACAUCGCAACAAAAUGGUGUUGCUGAACGAAAGAAUCGACAUCUUCUUAAAACCCCCCGAGCACUUCUGAUUGGUGCUCAUGUUCCUCGCCAUCACUGGGAUGAUGCUAUUGUCACCGCAGUUCACCUGAUCAACCGCAUGCCUUCUGGUGUAUUGACAUUUAAAACUCCCUUACAAGUGCUUGCACAAUACAAACCUCUUCCCUCUGUUUUGGUACUCACGCCCCGAAUCUUUAGAUGUGUGGCUUUUUUUCAUCUCCACAAAAAUCAACGUAGCAAACUUGAUCCCUGUGCGCUUAGUUGUGUUUUUGUGGCUUAUGCCACUCAUCAGAAGGCUACCGUUAUUAUCACCCUCCUACUCGACGUACCUAUGUCACUUUGGAUGUGA